UGCAGUUGUACAGGCCUUGGUGAGACCACACCUGGAGUAUUGCGUACAGUUUUGGUCUCCUAAUCUGAGGAAAGACAUUCUUGCCAUAGAGGGAGUACAGAGAAGGUUCACCAGACUGAUUCCUGGGAUGUCAGGACUUUCAUAUGAAGAAAGACUGGAUAGAUUCAGCUUGUACUCGCUAGAAUUUAGAAGAUUGAGGGGAGAACUUAUAGAAACUUACAAAAUACUUAAGGGUUGGGACAGGUUAGAUGCAGGAAGAUUGUUCCUGAUAUUGGGGAAGUCCAGAACAAGGGGUCACAGUUUAAGGAUAAGGGGGAAGUCUUUUAGGACCAAGAUGAGAAAAAAAGAAUUCACACAGAGAGUGGUGAAUCUGUGGAAUUCUCUUCCACAGAAAAUAGUUGAGGCCAGUUCAUUGGCUAUAUUUAAGAGGGAGUUAGAUUGUGGCUAAAGGGAUCACGGGGUAUGGAGAGAAGGGAGGUACAGGAUAUGGAGUUGGAUGAUCAGCCAUGAUCAUAUUGAAUGGCGUUGCAGGCUCGAAGGGCCGAAUGGCCUACUCCUGCACCCAUUUUCUAUGUUUCUUUAUAACGGUUUCCUCCGCCAUAAACGCACUCAAUAUGUGCUAGUAAUGUCCUGUUUGCCAGAUUGUUGACCCUCUGUGUUGCCCUCCUGCAGGGUUUAGGAGCUGUAGCUGUGGACGGAGAGACGGGGACGUGAGCGGCCAUUGAGGGUUCUAGGGUGUCGGUGAGCCCCCCCAUCUGCUCGGUGUGCGGCUGAGCUUCGAUGGAGGACCACAUGACGGGGCACAACAAGGAGAAGUGUUAUGAGUGCGACGUGUGUGGCAAGGCCUGGCGGUGCACGAGCCAGCUGGAGAUCCACCGGCGGGUGCACAUAGGGGUAAGCCCUUUUGACUGCUCGGAAAGCGGCAAGAGCUUCACCCGCUGCGACAGUCCGCUGCAGCACAACCGCGCGCACUCCAGCGAGGGGCCCUUCACCUGCUCCGACUGCGGCAAGAGCUUCACCAGCUCCAGACUCCUGCAGCGGCACAACCGCAGGCACUCCGGCGAGAAGCUCUAUUGCUGCUCCACUUGCGACAUGAGCUUUGUCCAGUUGUCGGGGCUACGGCAGCACCGGCGGGUGCACAGCAGUGAGCGGCCCUUCACCUGCUCCGACUGCGGCAAAGGCUUCAGGUCGUCGUCAGAGCUGAAGCAGCACAGGCGCCUGCACACCGGGGAGCGCCCGUACAGCUGCGCCCAGUGCGGCAAGGGCUUCACCAGCUUCACCAAGCUGUUGUCCCACCAGCUCACCCACACCAGUGAGCGCCCCUACACCUGCGCCCAGUGCGGCAAGAGCUUCACCAGCUCCACCAGGCUGCUGUCCCACCAGCGCAACCACACCGGCGAGCGUCCCUACACCUGCGCCCUGUGUGGCAAGAGCUUCACCCACUCCGGCACUCUGACUGAGCACCAGCGCACCCACACUGGCGAGAGCCCCUUCAUCUGUACCCAGUGUGGCAAGAGCUUCACCCGCUCUGACAGCCUGCUGUCCCACCAGCGUACCCACACCGGCGAGCGCCCCUUCACCUGCACCCAGUGCGGCAAGGGCUUCAUCCGGUCCCAUAACCUGCUGUCCCACCAGCGCACCCACACCGGCGAGCGCCCCUUCACCUGCACCCAGUGCGGCAAGGGCUUCACCCGCUCCGGCAACCUGCUGGUGCACCAGCGUACCCACACCGGCGAGCGCCCCUACACCUGCGCCCAGUGCGGCAAGGGCUUCACCUCCUCCAGCAACCUGCAAGUGCACCAGCGCACCCACACCGGCGAGCGCCCCUACACCUGCACCCAAUGCGGCAAGGGCUUCACCCAGUCCAGUCACCUGCUGACCCACCAGCGCACCCAUACCAGCGAGCACCCCUACACCUGCAUCCAGUGCGGCAAGGGCUUCACCCGCCCUGGCACCCUGCUGCAGCACCAGCGCACCCACACCGGCGAGCGUCCCUACACCUGCACCCAGUGUGGCAAGACCUUUUCCCAGUCCGGCACCCUGCUGGUGCACCAGCGCACACACACCGGCGACCGUCCCUACACCUGCACCCAGUGCGGCAAGGGCUUCACCCGCUCCACUAGCCUGCUGGUGCACCAGCGCACCCACACCGGCGAGCGCCCCAACACCUGCACCCUGCAGCGAGGGAGGGCUCAAAAUUAGCGGUUGCCCGGGUGCCACUGACCACUCAGGAGAAUAGGAACGUGACGUUUUGUGUCGGCGGUGACGGCUGUAUUGCGUGGGAUACUAGGUGCGG